UUCAUACCCUCUAACAAAUGGAAGCGCAGCCAUCUCCGACACUUGAACACAAAAGGACGGAUUAUCAGGGGGAGAGAGUCAGUCUUGGGGGCCACCAGAGCUUAGUGUUUUUCAUACCAUGGCUUGGGGUCAAGGCCGACGUUCCGUAACUGCCCUUCUUCUCUUAGGGAUUCUCUCGGCCGUAAUGACCGUCCUAUCUGCCCUUCUGCUGUUCCAGUUGAAGGCCGAGCCUGGAUCGGGUACGCUUCAGUCCGUCAUAGGAGCAGAUGUGAACACCGUCCUGAAGCCUGUGGCCGCGGUCCUAACGGCGUUGUCCUUGACUCUCCACCUCAGCUCGGCCGCCCUCUGCCUGCUGCACGGUUACCUGGUCUCUGAUUUAUGUGGAGGGGAAGAAGAAGCCAACAGGAUCAACUGGUUCCUGUUGGACGGCAGAAGCAUCCGCCAUGUUACCAUUACCUUGUUUUGUCUGGGGGUUCCUACAUAUAUGACAGCACUCUCCAUUUACAUGCUCCUGCACUACCAGCUUCAGGCAGGAAUUGCCAGUGCCUGUCUAUUGGCAAUAGGUGUCUUGGUGCUGAUAGGCAGUGUGCUGCACACUAUGUUCAGGGCUUCCCAUGCAGCAUCCCAUGUAGAGCUCUCUGAUGCGGUAUUUGAAAACGACCAUGGAGCAGUGACACCAAGCACAGAGCCAAACUGCAGCAACCAGGAGGAACCAGAGAGACGAAAGAGCCGUCCUGAAAUUCAUCGUCAGUUUUCCUAUCCUCCUGUCCCAGAACCCAGUCAGCUGCAAAAUGUUCCUGUCUCUACAACCAAUAAUGAAACAGAUAAGGAGUCACAUACCAGUGCAAUUCCACGAAUGCAAAGGACUCUCUCUGUUGAGUCAGGCCUACUCCAUACACAGACCAAACCAUGGAAUGGGGUCAACAAUGAAAUGAGGACAGUUCUAGCAAAGAAAUCUGGGAAGGACUCCACCCUUGUUUAAAACAGUCUUUCCUCAGGGCAAAGGGUGGAUUUUGGUACAGGGUCAUUGCAGCAACCGCUGCAAAAAGUCAGAAACUCUCUUGCACUUCUG